AUGCGUCACAAGAAGCGCUCGACCACGGCCAAGCCGCUGCGUGCGUCGGGCAUCCGCCCCGCGGGCUCCGCGACCAAUUGGGAGAAGGCGAGAGACGCCCCGGCUUCCAGUCGCGAGGCGGCUAUGGACGCGGAGCUGAGGGCGUUUGCGGAACGGGUGGCGCUCUCACCGCAGGAGAAGCAGCUGCGCACGAGGGUGUUCGAGGACGUGCGCGACCUCAUCUCGUCGGCUUUCCAGGACGCGACGGUGCAGCUCUACGGGUCCUCCAGCACAGGGCUCGACACCUUCCGCAGCGAUCUGGAUAUUACUGUGGGCAACAUCUCACUGUCGGCAGCGUCGCAGCCAUGGCCGACGGUGGUGGAAUCUUCGUUCUCACUGAACCUGGCGCUGCCUGUUGGGACGGCGGCCUCGGAGGACAAUGCAGACAUCACGCGGCGUGUCCAGCCCACAGCAGCUUCACAUUGGAACCCGACGCUUCGUCGACGCAAGAUCCGCGUUCUGCGCGCCCUGCAGUUCUUACUGAAGGCCCAGAGGCCGCACUUCCAAGUGAAAUGCUUGCACAAGGCGAAGAUCCCCAUUCUCAUGGUGCUGGACACGAAGACCAAGCUGUCGAUUGAUAUUGGCGUGAACCGGGAGGCUUUCGAGGCGAGUGAACACGGGCGCUCCACUUCUCUCGCUCAUCGGCUGCAGAAUACGCUGGGCGCGCCGUUCACGACUAUGGUGAUGUUCCUGAAGGAAUUCCUGCACCAGUUCGAGCUUGAUAAGCCAUUCACGGGUGGACUCGGCAGCUUCCGGGUCUACAUGAUGGUGGCGUACAUCUUCCAGCGCUACAGCUCGAAGCGAAAGAACAAACCUCAGCCACCGGUGUCGACUUUGUUGCUGGCAUUCUUUGAGCUGUUCGGCAACAAGAAGCUGCCCAACUUCCUGCACGAGGAAACGCAGUUGCCGCUUCCUCUCGGAGACGGCGGCCACAUGGACUUUGGCGGUGUCUUCCGCAUCGCCGACUGCGUGGAUACGUUCGCUAUGGCCUUCGACAUUCUGAGGUCUACUGGGAACAUUGGGUCCAUUAUUUAUGAGGAGCGUCUUGAGAAGGAUCGCAAAAAGUGCCAGAAGAGCAUGGAGCAGAACGCUUAG